GUUGCUACGGUAACCUGGGCACGAUGACAUCACCCCCGAAAACGAUGGGGUGUGUCUCCACGCCGACGGGGUACCAGAGAGCGGUUGUGCCUUCUCCCCCUCAGCAAUGAAGCCUGGGAUUUUCGACAGCACUUGAAGGCAGCAUCAACGCCGUUCUCUUGCGAGCCAAUCAGAGCGGUGAUUUUUUCAAGAUGACCAAUCAGCGACAGAUACGUCUUAGGACGGCGUCAUUUGUCAUACGGCCCGCCCUGCCGCUGCUCAUUGAAGAAGAAGACGGACGGCAUCGGCGGCACACCAUCCACUGAAGAGAUUCGAUCAUGUCUACCAAACUCUGCAAGCUGUUUGUCGGCGGAUUGAACGUGGAGACGACAGAAGAUGGCGUGCGCAAGUAUUUCGAACAGUUCGGCACACUCAACGACUGCGUUGUGGUCAUGAACCAGCAGCUCGGCCGGUCCCGCUGUUUCGGCUUUAUCACCUACUCGACUCCGCAGGAGGCCGACGCAGCAAUGGCGGCUAACCCACAUGUCGUCGAAGGCCACGACGUGGAAUUGAAAAGGGCCAUAGCGCGAGAAGACGCCAACAACCCGGACAUCCUCGCAAACGUCAAGAAGAUUUUCGUCGGCGGCGUGAAAGACCACAUCGAGGCGGAGCACCUCACCGAGUACUUCUCCCAGUUCGGCGUGGUGGAGAAGGCCGAGAUCAUCUCCGACAAGCAGACCGGCAGGAAGCGGGGCUUCGGCUUUGUCUUCUUUGAGGACACCGACUCCGCCACCAAAGCGGUGCUCACCAAGUACCACACCAUCAGCGGGAACAAGGUGGAGGUGAAGAAGGCGCUCACCAAGCAGGAGAUCUCCACCGGCGGCCGCGGAAGAGGCCGAGGCCGCGGGAUGCAGAGCUAUGGCGGCGGUAGAGGCGGCGGCGGCUACGGAGGCGGCGGCGGCGGCGGCGGCUACGGCAGCAACUACGGAGGCGGCUACGGCUACGGCGGCGGCUACAACGGCGGCGGCGGCGGAGGGUACGGCGGCUACGGGGGAUACGACGAGGGCGGAUACGACCAGCAGAUGGGCGGCGGGUACAGUAACGGUGACUUUGGGGAUGGCUACGGACAGCAGCACUCCAGCUACGGUGCAGUGAAGGGGGGCAACUAUUCCUACCGGAGCGGGGCUCCCUACAACAGAGGAGGCGGCGGCGGGGGCUACGUCCGGGGAGGCGGCGGCGGCGGGUUCAGCGGCGGCUAUUAAGCGCGCCCCCCCCCCCACCCCGACCCCUGUUUUUGUGUUCAUGGGGUACAUUCUGAUUUACAGCGAACUUGAAUUUAUACACACACACACACACACCGGGUGAUGGGUCUUUGUUGCAGAGCCCAUCACCCACUCAAAGAACGAAACUGUCCUGGACCCCUUCUUCCCCCAACACACACCACCUCCCCCCAUCGGCCCAGCACACAAUAUGGACUUUACAACUAGUUGAAUACUUUGUCUCGGCGGGGGGGGGGGGGCUGCUUUCAUUUGUAAAAUCGUAAAAUAUUUGUCACUGCUUCUCAAUUGAGUUUGUUUGUCUUGCAAACCAGCCAGAUGUGUUAUUUUUGCAUCAUGAACUCAGGGUUUUAAGUGAUGUUUGGCGGUGUCGGGGAGCACGUGACUCGAUCGCUUGAGUUUCUCGAUCCUAAACACUAUCGUGAUAAAGUACUUUUUUUUGGGGUUGGAGAUUAAUUGUUUUGUAUCUGUAAAUUUUCCACCCGUCCCAUUACAUCCUUUUUGUUUUAGAUUAAAACCGUUUUCAAAAUCCAUGUUUUCAGUUCACCCUUUGUUUUGGUUCUGCUUUUAUUAAAGUUUUUAAUGUUUUGAAACUUAAAUCUCGCAGUCUUGAUUCACAUCGUGUUGCUUACAUUGAGCGUUUAAUGCGUUUUUAUCAUGAUUAUUAAUCUGUUAUCGCUGCGGCCAGCAGGCGGCGCUACUCAUCCGCGCACGCUGGUUUCAUCGGCCAUUUUAUACCGACCCGGAGAAGAAGCCGUGUGCGCCACAUCUCAACUCAUGUUUGACUGAGAUGUUCUCUUUAAACCUCAUCAACACGCCGUCUGUGCGGAGGUCUCACUCUGACCCUAUUUCAGUGUACUAAAGACUCUAAGCCGGUUUUAAUUUGAGGUGAAAUGUAUAAUGAAUACAGGAUGUUUUGAAGCAAAUGUACAAUAAAAUCAUUAAAUGAAGCACC